AUGGCUGCGCCUAGACGGCUAGCACAAAUCUUGGAUUCACUCAACCCCUCGACAGGGGCACCGAUUGGACAAUUGAAGUUGGGAAAUAUCACCUAUGAAGUGACAAACGCGCUAACGCCGUCGCGAUUACCUUCAAACACCAGUUGGGCGUGGGCCGGGAAGUCUCUGGAAGGCAGUAUGGAAACCCGAGGCUCGUAUUUGCUGGAUCCAACGGAUGAAAUGAAUGCGGAGAAUCUGCACUUUAUGUUGCAAAAAUAUCUACUGGGUCAGGAUAUCUUUCUGGUGUCACAACCCGGACCAUAUGCACGACGUCUAGCAUUGACUUUUGCGAGUCUGAUGAAUUUAGAGUAUGAGUAUGUUGCGUUGCAUAGGGAUGUGGGCGAGACGGAGCUAAAGCAAGGAAGAGAAAUUCGAGACGGAGGCAGUCUCGCAUAUGUGGAUAGUCCUGCAGUUAAUGCGGUUAAGCACGGUCGGUUGUUGAUUUUGGAAGGCAUUGAGAAAGCCGAACGAGGUAUCAUGCCGAUACUAAACAACUUGCUUGAGAAUAGAGAAAUGAAUUUAGACGACGGGACGCAUAUAAUUCAUCCACACCGGUAUGAUCUACUCGAAGAACGUCAGGAUAAUCUCAUUCCGGCUCACAAGAAUUUCCGGGUCAUUGCAAUUGCUGCCCCAGUGCCACCGUAUCCCGGAUAUCCUCUCGAUCCUCCCUUUCGAAGUCGGUUCCAAGCGCGUUUCAUCGACCCACUUGGUGCACUGUUAGUGUUGUCCGGCUCUCCUUCCGUUGGCUCCGACACGGCAGUGUAUUCAGCCCUCCGGUCCGUCAUCCUUGCGACACAAUAUUCGUCCGAAUCUCGACAUGCGCUUGAUUUUGUUCCUUCAGCAAAAUCAGUGCUCCCUGCAUUCCCGCAAACAGCGUUGUUGAAGCUUCGCGCCAUUUUCGCGAAAUUCCCGCCUGACGAAAUCAAAAUUGAGCCUUCCGUUCUCGCACAGAUACUUUUGACCAUCCAUCCGGGGUUGAUACACGCGCAAUUCCAAGCUUGGGCACUACUUGCAAAACAGAUUGAAGAAACUGGAACCGGACUCGACCUUGGCAGCCCAUCUGAUGUCGAUUUCGGUCUCUGUGGGUACAUCGCUACAUCGAUCGAGCGUAUCAGUGAGACGACAGCAAGAGUAUCUUUCUGUGGUUCCAGUUCAAAAUCCACAGUCUCCCAUAUUGUUCCUUGUGGCCCUCAGCCUUUCCGCUGGUUUCCGCUGCAGGAACAAACCAUUUUAGAUCAUUCGGACGAGAUAAUUUUGGUGACACCCCGCUUUCUCGGCCUUCUCACUACUUUUCUACAGGCUCAUGUUCUUGGCUGGGAUAUUUCUUACCUCCCACCCCUGCUAUCUUCUACUGCGAGUACCUCGACCUCGACGUUAGUUCGAAUUUUUGCAGAGAUAUUAGGCUAUGAACUCGAAACAAUUCACCUAUAUAAAGAACUAGGAGGACGGGAGAUCAUCAUGCGGCGGCGGGUACUAUCUGACCGUAAUAACACUACGAACUCUAGCUCUACUAGGACCACAUGGGAGCCUUCUCCUCUCAUCCGUGGCGCUUGGAGUGGAAAGCUCGUCUGGCUGGAAGGUAUAGACGUUAUUACGGGUACCGGCGCCGCAGGGAGCCUAUCUCGAUUUGUCCAGGAUAGAGAGAUAGAGUUGUGGGAGGGACGGAGAAUUGUGGCCAAGAAGGAAGAAGAAGAGGCUGCUGACCUUCUCACCACUGCUCACCCUUCUUUCCGCCUCUUCGUCACCGCUUCGAAGUCUCUUCAAUUGAGAGACUGGCUUUCAGACGAGCACGCAAACAUGUUUUUUACGAUCCCCUCUAGACCUAUGUCUUCUUCGGAAGAACGCACGGUACUGGUGAACACCGGGUGCGACCCGGCCGUCGUUGACCUCUUGUUGACAUUUGCGGAAAAGUAUCGUCAAAGGAUGGACAUUGGAGUUUCAUCUGCAAACGUAGGAAACGGACACAACAGUAGCAGCGCAGUUCAAAGGAACCGUAAACUAGGCACUCGCACUCUCAUCCGUAUAUCCAAACGUCUGGCACUGUUCCCACAAGAGGCCUCACAGGAAACAUUAAGGAAGAUAUUUGACCACGCGUUGCUGUCAGAGUUUCUACCGACAACGGAGCGGAUGGUUUUGAAUGGCUUAUUGGAGGAGGUCGGACUAGGUAGUGCUAAUUUCGAAGAAGACAAUUCUUACUCUCGUCCGCCGUUCAUCGACUCUGAUGCACAACCUGCGGCAUUGAUAUUCCCCUCGCCCAGUCGUACUGUCCCAAGCAAUUCCUCCCUCUCUGUACCAGCCCCUUCUGCCACCGCAAUACCUCUUUUUGAUCCUGCUAGAGAUCCUACUGGAUCCGUGUCACUAGUCCCCUACAUGGAUCAUUUCCAUGAUAAUUCCCUCCAAACAGGAUUAAUGAGGGAUCUUGCAGUCGACAUGGAGAUUAUGGGCGAGAAUUUGGUAUUGUUGGGCAAUCAGGGUGUGGGGAAAAACAAGAUUGUUGAUAGGCUUUGUCAACUUCUUCGUCGUCCAAGAGAAUACAUUCAACUUCACCGGGAUUCGACCGUGUCCCAGUUGAUGUUCACAACAUCCCUCGUCGACGGUGUUCUCACCUACUCCGACUCUCCGCUCCUCCGCGCAAUUAGGUUCGGGAGGGUAAUGGUCGUCGAUGAAGCGGACAAGGCUCCAGAGCAUGUUGUCGCUGUGUUUAGAAGUCUCGCUGGGCGCGGAGAGCUGACAUUGAGCGAUGGAAGGAGGGUAAGGAAGAAGGGCAAACCGGGUGAAAAGGAGCAAAAUGAAGACGGGAGGGACGAUAUCAUUGUUCAUAAAGACUUUAGACUAGUACUGUUGGCCAAUAGACCUGGGUAUCCUUUCCUCGGAAAUCACUUCCUCCAAGUCCUCGGUGAAUCAUUCUCUCCUUACGCCGUCUCGAAUCCGGAUCAAGCAUCUGAACGAAAGCUUCUACAACAGCUUGCGCCUGACAUGGAUGAGGACGUGAUUCUACGGUUCGUUGGUGCUUUUGCCGAUUUGCGGAAAGAAUAUGAGAUGGGAAAAGUGGGUUAUCCGUAUUCAUUAAGAGAGCUCAUCAAUCUCGUUCGGCACAUACGCGCGUAUCCAAGUGAUUCAUUGGAUGAUGUGUUCCGGAACGUAUUUGAUUUUGAUGUAUACAAACCAGAGACGAUUGAGAAGCUGAGAGAGAUAUUAGACCACCAUGGGUUGCGCGUUAAACACCUUGGUAUUGACGCUGCCCGUGAAGCAUCCUCUUCCAAAGCAGUCAAAGACGUGCAAUACAUUCCCAAAUCACCUACGGGUCCCUUGAAAAAUCCCAAAGAAGGUGAACAUGAUGAUAAACAACAUGUAGGUGGGAAUAGAUAUGCUGGUGGGGUUGGAGGAAGAGAAACUGCGGGAUUAGGAGGAAGAGGUGGUUAUAAACGGUUGUACAAAGGCGGUGAUAUCAAACAACUCCCGGAAACGGUAAAACGGGAGGUGCCCGAGGAAAUACGAGAGAAAGCGCGAGAAAUGGCACGUCAAGAGCUUCUUCGCCGACUUGAGGAAUUGGAUAUGAGCGAGAUGGAGGCUAAAGGAUACGGACAACUACUCCAAGCGACGCAAUCACAUAUGUUAUCGCUUUUUGAUUUACUUGAAAACCUCGCUGCGAAAGAAGAAGAGCGCAUAUGGGUGAAGAGGCAGACUGACGGUGAAUUGGAUGACAGUCGUCUAACGGAGGGUAUCACAGGGGAGCCGACAGUUUAUAAACGACGUACGAUGGAAAAACCUGAGACUGGAAAACCUCAAAUCAAGCCAAAGCGUAUUAGAUUCAUCUUCGACUUGAGCGCGUCGAUGUACAGAUUCCAAUACGAUGGGCGUUUGCAAAGAAGUAUGGAAACUGCUGUAAUGUUAAUGGAGACCUUUGACCGCCUCUCGAGAAAGGACAAAUAUGUUUGGGAUAUGUGUGGCCAUUCAGGGGAUGAACCGCUCAUAUCACUAGUCACCGCUGAACAGCCACCCACGAAAAUCAAGGAACGCUGGAAGGUGACGGAGAAGAUGUAUAUGAUACCGCAAUAUGCUUUUGCGGGCGAUAACACAGUUGAAGCGAUUCAGAAAGGCGUAGAUGACGUUGCUAAAUUUGAUGCAGACGAUUGGUUCGUUAUAAUUAUCACCGACGCAAAUUUUGGGCGUUAUCAAAUUACACCGGAAGAAGUUUUACGAGCGAUGAAGAGAAAUUCUAGAGUUCAUACUGCUUUAAUAUGUAUAGGGGAAGGAGCAGAUGCGCAAUGGAUUGAAAAGGUUCUGCCUGGAUCAGUCUUCCGAGUGAAAAAUACAAAUGACAUACCAAUGGUUUUGAAAAGCAUCUUGUCUUCAAUGGUUAACGAAUAG